CUCAUCUUCUUUGAGUACAUCGUCACCUUUUCCGAAGAGGUUUACGUCAUCUGGCAGGCCAGGUUGACCACUGUCACGGCCAUCUUUGCCCUCAACCAUUAUUUGCUCGUGGUACAAGGCAUUAAUUUCGCACUGGAUGCCAUCUGGUGGCAUACUCCACUGGUAAGUCGCUGUGACAGCAACUCAGAGAUAUUCGACCUCAAAUUCAUGAAGAGACUGAUUGAUAAAUUGUUAGGCUUUUCCGCGUUCCGUACGUAUGCUGUUAGUGGACACCAGAUCAUCCCUGCGUUGCUAGUGUUGCUAUUGGGGCUAGCGCCAGUCGGCGCCAACCUCGUGAUCGUCUUCGUCGCGCGCAUCUGCCCGGCUGCAUCCGAUCUGAUCGUGGUCCUUCUCACUUGGUUCAAAACAUUCCGACUCGCUAUAGAAGUGCGGAAGUUACAACUAAGAGGAUCGAUCUCGACGGUGCUGAUGAGAGACGGUGAGUAUGUGUGGCUCUCUUGGGUAAUACAUGCAAAGCCUUAUGAGCAACCAAUUCAAGGCACGCUCUACUUCAUGUACGUCGGGCUCUGUCACAGUGCAUUGUCACGACUCUGUUCUUCUACCGUUCAUCAGGGCCCUUUUGCUUCUCAACAUCCUCGAGAUCGUGAUUACACUCCGCUACGAGAAUUCACAGGCAAGUUUAUCCACACAACUCCAUGGCCACUUUAA